UAGAUCAACUAAUCAUUAGCCCGUUAUCCCUCCUCAUCCCUGAACUUCCCAGAGAGGGAUAGCUCAGAGAGAUAGAGGGCGAGGCAAUGGCUUGCAGUUCCAAACUGGCUGCUCUCUUCUUGGUGGCAACAAUUCUGCUCUGCCUCAUCUGCACCAGGAGCCAAGCAGCAAGGCCUGAACCGGGAUCCAAUGGCCACAAAUCACAGGGUGUUGCCUCCACUAUUAAGAGCGGUGCUACUUCAGGAACCCGGGUGGAAAUGCAUCAGCAAGAACCGGAGGCAUCGGAGUGCCUGCAGGGAGGGGAGGCAGAGGAAGAGUGCCUGAUGAGGAGGACCCUUGUUGCUCACACCGAUUACAUCUACACCCAAGGGAGCCACCACUAGUGUAGUGGUGUGCAUCAGUGCUCUUUGACAGGGCUAGUUUGGAACACGGGAAUUUUUUUGCAGUUCUUGGAGGAUAUGAACUAGUUGUCUAGCUCAUGCAAAGUUCCUACAAGACCUUUGUGUGAAUUCCUGCAUUCGAAACAAGCACCAAAGAAGAAAUUAUAGCUGGUCUCUUAUGCAGUUCUGUACCAUCUUUUUAGCUGAUUAUCUGUACAUUCCUCGCUCCUUAGUCGUUAGCCCUGUAUACCCAUUCUCUAUUUCUAGCUAUCACCUUCAGAUAGUACACGGAACUCUGGGCUGUAAACACAGCAUAUAUCUAACUCAUGUAUCCAUCUUCCUUCAGCAAUGAUAAAUUACAGUUUCUAAUAUCUAUCGAA